CAGACGAGGAUGUGUAAUCACCGAAGUAAAAGCACACCUCACUGCCCGAUAAGACGCGCGGUGAUACGGAUUAGCGCACUGUUUCUGUAGACUUACAAAGAAAAGAGGGGGGUGGGGAGUAGCAUAUUUACUUAUCGGAGACUUUUAUGGCUUAAAGGGCAGUUUACUGUCACUUAUUUCAGGGAUGAACUUAUUUUUUACUGACACAUUUACUUUGGGGAUAAGAGAACCUAAAAUCCAUGGUAAUAAAAGUUUUUUAUGGCCUUGUUUUGUGCUUUUGCGGUUGAGGAUGUUGGCAUUGACAUGCUUUAUGGCUGCUUCUUGUGUCUAUGUUUAUCACAUUUAUUGCAUUAAAAAUUAUAAAAUAUGCCUCGAAUUAAUGUUAUGAGUGAAUCAUUAACGAGAACUUAACCAAAAUUUGUUCAUGUCAGACAGCGAGAGGAAAACUUUCCUUUAUAGAACCGAGAUGCUCAAAGAGCCUCGUCUCUCUAGAUGAUGAAUCCCACCAUUAUACGUGGUAAGGAUACUGUCUGACCACACUGCUGGCAGACAGCAAGCUGCUAUUGAGAGGGAACAUGAUGAUCCUGUUAAUUAUAUAGGUGACAUAACACAAGUGAACCUGACUCUGCAAACGCAACAGGGAUAUUGUCAGCUGGGGUGAGUAAUCUUCUGAGCAUCUGGUUAUCGGAAGAAAGUAGCUUUCACACACAUGUGUUUUAGAACAUGUUAUUCACAUUUAAAGAAAAAAAACAGCACAGAAACAGAAAGAUGUAAAAACACAACCUCACUAUGUGUCACUGCCCACAUGAAACCCUUAAAAUAAUAGUACUGAUUAUCUAAAAUAAAACACCAUGUCAGGACGGUCAACUCCUGCACGGGCAAAGGUUGGUUUGUUUGUUUUACCAAAAUUCGUGAACUGUGGCGUCCUGGUUGCUUUGUCUGUCUUCUUUUCCCCUACACUGCAAUGCUUAACUGGAGGUCAAAAUGAACUAAACAGGCUUGGGCUGAACUGAGAUGCAUGAAUAGAUAUGUAUAGUGACACAUGGCUUGAGAUGUUGUUUUCCUUCCUGAAACAUCAAGAACAUCUUGUUUCUGUUCUGGUGAAAGCACCCAGGCAGGCGAGAAAAAAAAAGAAGAAGAAGACAAAUGAAAAUUAGAUGGUCAAAGGUUACAUCAAUGGUCUGUGGCUGUUUUAUACAUGCAGUUGUAACUUAUUUUUAGAACUUUGUGGCCUUCUUACUGCUACUUACCUAUCACUUUGCAUCGGAAAGUCAUUUAAUCUUUGCUAAAACCAAACAGUAAACAGCAAAUCUGAUAGGUGUCUAACAGAUUUUGCUAAAUACUGUGUAAAGUACAAAAAUCUGACUGGCAGUUGCAAGAAUCCAUCUGUCUGAAUGAGUAUCUUGGUGUAACCAGAAGCACGCGGGUGAGUUCAUUCAGGGAUACGGGCUGCACAGUCAUCAGGAAGUGAAACAGAACAGAAUGUGCUGUACUAAUCUGAUUGAAAAACACUGUGCUGAGUGGAUGCUUGAAAAAAGAGAUGAUUCAUUUAAAUAGCUACAAGGAGAACCCUAUGGUAGCAGGGGAAUACAUACACGGAAAAACAAAGGCAGCUUAAUGCUUCAUUUGGUAAAGCAAAAGGCAAAUGGGAGGGUGAGGUUAAAGAAGCACUUGCUCUCACACAAACAUGCGCUCUGCAGCUACAGGCUGAGCAACAUAAUGCUCUUUGUUUGUGUUCUAGGCAUCCGUGAUACGUACAGGGGAGUAAUCUCCCGAGUGAUCCCUUUUAUCCCUGAACUUUUGUCCCCCCCACCAAAAGCAAGAGUUCUUUACUGUUGUGUCUGCCAAGGGCCCUGAAUAAACGACUGAGAAAUGGGGCAGUGAAUAACAGCAGUCCUAUUUUCAUCAUGUCAACACAAACCUUAAAAGGUUGUGUUUUAUUGUCAGCAUAGUUCAGUUUUGGUGUGUUUUAUGUUAUGUCUGACAUUUAUCACUUUGUAUAACUGAUGAGGAAAGAUUUUAACUUCUUUUUGUUCUUGAGUUAAAAGAAAAACAGGAGCUUAAUGGUUUGUUUUGAGUCUCGGAGAGAAUGAAACUUUUUUGAAAUCAUUUCAAAUCAGCUGAAGACUUUUUUAAAUCAGGGCUUUCACACAGUAUUUGUUCUAAGUAAACUGCCACAGGAAAAUAUAUCAGAUUUAAAUCCCAAAAACAGAAUUCAACUGUAAAGGAGAUUUUAUUUUAUUUUAUUUCAUUUCUUUAUAUAUUAAAAAUCCCAAAUAGGUUUCUGCAUUUCAUUGAGUUUAUAUCAAUGAACAAAGUGAUAGAAACACCUGUCAGUGUAAUAAAACCAGCUGCGACAUUCAAAUGAAUCAUAACACAGAGUCAAAACUUCCCUUAUUUGCUUUAUGAAAGGAUGUUUCAUCGUAGGACUGUGAGGACAGAGUGUACUUUUAAGCUAUACAUACCUAAUAAAAUGGCUGCUGAGUAUAUCUGUUUAUGCACAGGGCAUCCAAUGAUCCAAUGAAAACGCUCUGUGGUCUUUUCUGCAUUUUCUCACGUUCAUUGAACAUUUAUGAUCAGAUUGUUGUCACUGACACAAUGUCAUCAUAAUUUGGAGUCCCACAAACCCCUCUGCUGUACAUGAAGUUAUUGUAAACCAUUUGCCAUCCACUAAAUAGUUUCCCUCCUGACCUCCUUAGAGCCCAGUUCAGUAAAAAAAAAAGUUUAAAGUAGUGAUACCCCCGCUCUACAAACCUGUGGUAAUAAGGGUUAUUAUUCUUAAUUAUUACAUAGGGUGUCGAUUACUAAGAAGUUUAGUACACAGCAAUUUAACCUGUCACGUCAGGCAAUCAUUAACCAAAAGCAUGAGGUUGAAAUGACUAAUUGCUCAAAAACUAAUUUGAAUCCGAUUGGCUUUAACCAGACAUGUUAGACGGUUAAAUCACAACACCGUUAUCACAAACUGUGUCAGAAUGGGAUACAAAUCAGGGUGUUUCGCAACAAGUUUAAAUGAAACAUUAAUGUCUCCAAUAUGUGUCUAAUUAAAGAUUACACAUAUGGUUACACAUAACGUUGGAGAACAAGCAAAACAGAGUUCCCUAUUCAUCCAUCCAUCGUGCAAUAAAUAAAGACUGAGCUGCUAAUUUUUCUCUGACUGUGCCCCUUUGUGACCUGAGGUAAGCCUCAUGGUCAGAGAUGCAUGAAGACUUCUGUUACACAAUUCUUCCCCCUUUUCCACACUUCGUCUUGAAUGCGCCUCUAUACGGGAAGUGUACAUACAUUAUCUACCCACCCACCUGCGCGCUUCUAAGAGGUCACAUGUGUUGAGCAAUAGCCCUGUCUGUUGAUUUACUUGUGUUCCUAUGUAACUACUAAAUGGCAGGCAGCUGUUUUUGCACUGCUUUAUCUUCUUAAGGUCAAACUGAGCAAACUGUGCGAUUCUUGUCACAGAACAUAGAAAACAUCGUAUCUGUACUAUGGCUACAUUUUAUGCGCCACAGCAAAAACAUUUGCAGUGAAUUUUUAUCUAGACAGUGGGCUUCAUGCUUGAGUCUGUGCAUUUUCUUAUCAUAAUAGUGAUUACUGCAGCCAAACGUUAAGACGGUAAUCAAAUUUCUCUUUAAAAAUCUGAGGACAGUCAAAAGGUUAGGGUCAUAGUUAAGGCCGAGGGUUUGUUAGAUGCUUGAAAAAGGGGGGUAAAUAAAGGAAGAAACAAGAAUUGCUACACAUAUUUGAAUUACUUCAAGCAAGUGUUACAUCACUAAAGCAUCAAGAGUUUGAAGGAAACAGUGUAAAAUCCUUUUUUGUUGUAGAGCUACAACACAACUCACAAACACUAAAUUAGAGUGGUGUAGAAGUGUAAUGCAGCAUAAAAUGGAAACACUUCAGUAAAAUACAAGCAUUAUAAUAUUUUUUUCUUGAGUAAAUGCACUAAUAUGUGUUUAAUGUAUAUGUACUCUAUGUAUGUAUAAAAAUGGCCUGUGUUCAUUUAUAGAUAUCACUGCAAUUCCUCUGAUAGCAUUUGUGCUUUUAUUUAAACAUUUUUGACUAAUUAUUUUCAGUUUCAGUUAUUUCCAUUGAACACCUCUAACGUUUUUUUUCCUUUUUUCCAUGAGGUGAUGGGGUUUAAAAUGUCACAAUAAUAAGAACAUCUUGACAUUUUAUUUUUUCAAAGGUUAGCUUGACAUGGCGGAAGAAAGGACGAUAUUUUUUCAGGCAGAAGAGCCUUACGUGUUUACACAGGGGAAAUCUAGUAUUGCAGUAAAUAUCUGAAAAAGAUUACCGGCUACAGGACACAGGAACAAGAACAGAUGUUAAAAAAAUCUUCAGCCUUGUAGCACAGAUAAGGUCUGAAAAGAAAAGCACCAGUAAGAAGACAGAAGCAAGAGUAUGACAUCUGGCCAGUCUCCACAGUUAUAACACUUUUUUUCUUAGAUCAUUUAAAAAAAAAAAAGUGUUAUUGCGGUAUAUAGAGUACAUGGUGUACAUAGUUUAAAUGUAAAGUUAGGCUAUAGUUUUACUAGUUCAACUUGUAUCCCCUUUUUUUACAUGGUUGUACAUUUUACUUGACCUCUAUGAAUAAAUGAAACAAUGCCCUUUACAAAUAAGCUUGCUUUGAGUUUGUUUUUAACAGUGUAGAUAUAAAUUAAAGUGGCUCGGGGCAGGGAUAGGUUUACCUAUAGCCAAAGUAGACUAAAAGGGAUUAUGAAGUUUAACUCAAUGUAAUAGCAGCUUUUAGAACUGAAGAAGGUUCUUGGAUGAGAAGUGAAACGUCUUCACAAAACUUAAAGUCCAGUCGCUCCUUAGACUAAUAGCAGCUUGGUUCACUUUAUUAUACCUUGAUUAUCCUAUGAAGUAACACAUAUAACAGUAAUAUUUAAAUAUAAUGAUGUGAUGAUGGAAGUAAAGGCGCUUUUUAAAAAAUUCAGUCAUGUAAAAUGUUCUAAACUUUCUCUGGUUACAUUUUUCUGUUAUAAAAGUUGGGUGAAGAUCUCACAUGUUUGCUAGUUUAAUGUGUUGUGGCAGACAUUCCACUUUGGUACAGUAGGUGGCAGUAUAGACAUUUAUCGGUGUUUUAAUGGCGUUUUAGACACGCAGAAGAAGAGUGGGCUUUUUCUUUUUUCCCCCUUGCUCUUCCGCUUUACUCGAGGCGCUAAUAACCUAACAGGCUAGGCCUGCUGCUCAAACGAGCGGCGUGAAAUCUUCUGCAAGCGGUUUUUUGUUGAGUUUUAGCUGUAAAAAGGGAUAACAGAGUCUUGGACUUAAACAAGAAUAAAUUUGAAAUGGGAGACCCUGCUUUUCAUCGAGACUGUCCCCUCGACUGCAAGGUUUAUGUCGGGAAUCUGGGAAACAAUGGAAAUAAGACGGAGUUAGAAAGAGCGUUUGGUUACUAUGGUCCUCUAAGAAGUGUUUGGGUUGCCAGGAAUCCCCCAGGUUUUGCUUUUGUAGAGUUUGAAGAUCCCAGAGAUGCCUCAGAUGCUGUGAGAGAAUUGGAUGGCAGAACCAUGUGUGGCUGUCGAGUACGCGUUGAGUUAUCCACUGGAGAAAAGCGCUCCAGGAGCCGUGGCCCUCCUCCAUCCUGGAGCCGAUACCCUCGAGAUGAUUUUAGGCGACGCAGUCCUCCUGUUAGACGCAGAUCGCCAAGGAGACGGAGCCUCAGCCGCAGCCGCAGCAGGUCUGUUUCAAGAGAUAGACGCAGAUAUCGGUCUGCUUCCAGAGAGAAGAACCGUAAGCGCUCAAGAUCCUUCUCACGAUCGAGGAGUCGUUCCCGGUCUAAUGAGAGGAAAUGAAGAUCUUGGAAAGCUCAUCUACCGGCUUAUGCUAUGGUUACAAAAAAGUACAUUUUUAUAGUCUUUUCUUUUUAGAUUUUGUUGGGUAGCUCAUGGCAAUUUAAGGUUGGCCAUGUUUGGGUCUUAAUGGUCUGUUGAAUGAUCAAGAAAGGUGUAAACUGUUUGGGUUUUUUUUUUUUUUUUUUUUUUUUUUUUGUUAAAUUCUGUCUUGCCCUGCAUGCUUUGAAAAUGAGUACUUGGUUUUACUUUUCUUUUUAAAACUGUUUAAAGUCAUCAUUUCAUUUUCUUUCCUUUUUUUGGUUUGGUUAUUUAUUUUACUAUUCUUGCUCGGGUUACUGUGACAUGGUAUAGAGGGAGUGGUGUGUGGUUGGUUUUUUUUUUUGGUUUUUUUUGGUUUUUUUUUCUUCUCAUACCAGUAACAGAAAAGAAGACUCUUAACAAAUGCUGUAAAUAUGGUGCUGUUAUUGUAGUCUAUCCCUAAAACAUGAUCAUCUGUAAUUAAUUUUUUUAAAUGCCUUCCUUUGCGAAAGAAAGCAUUGACUAGAUUCUUUUUUUUUUUUCCUUUUUUUUUCUUUUUUUUUUUUUGAAUGUCUGAGCUCCAACAACAUGUACUGAUACAGUUUAACAUCUUGUUCAAUAAAUGUUUUUCCAAGGUGA